CUCUGAAAUAGGUUUCAUUUUUAGCGGCAGACGAAGAAGAAGCCCUAAAUCAUGGCGACUCAACCAGCUGUGGAAUCUGUGCAAUGCUUUGGGAGGAAGAAGACGGCAGUGGCGGUGACACACUGCAAGCGUGGGUCUGGUCUGAUCAAGCUCAACGGUUCACCAAUCGAGCUUUUCCAGCCUGAGAUCCUCCGGUUCAAGAUUUUCGAGCCAGUCCUUCUCCUCGGAAAACACCGAUUCGCCGGUGUCGACAUGAGGAUCCGUGUCAAAGGUGGUGGUCACACUUCCCAGGUCUACGCCAUCCGUCAGAGUAUCGCCAAGGCUCUUGUUGCUUUCUACCAGAAGUAUGUGGACGAGCAAUCGAAGAAGGAGAUUAAGGAUAUCUUGGUCAGGUAUGACAGGACCUUACUUGUGGCGGAUCCGAGGAGGUGCGAGCCGAAGAAGUUUGGUGGUCGUGGUGCUCGUGCUCGUUUCCAGAAGAGUUACCGUUAAGCUGGUUUGUUUUUUUAUUUUCACUUUCGAUCAUCGGAAAGUUUUUGGAGUUAAAUGAGUAAUGGAGUUGUGAGACUUAGAGUUUUAUUUUCAGUUUGAUGCUUAUUUUAUAAUGGAUAUUCUCCAAGAAGUCAUGUUUUGCUAUUUUUGCUAUCUGAAAGUUUUAAUUUUUAUUAGUACUCCUGAUUUCUUGU